AUGGCUUCUAGCAAUUCCGACUAUGAGCUCUUGACGGAGCACUUUAGCUACCCCCCCGUCUCCCUCCUCGACGACAUCAUCAACACCGUCAACGUCCUCGCCGACCGCGCCCUCGACUCCGUCGAACGACUCCUCCUCUCCAUCCCCCCUCACAAACUCGGCUUCAAGAAACCCAAACAGCAGCAGUCAGACCAGACACAGACACAAACACAGACCCCCGAAGAGGCCGCCAAGCUCGAAAUCGAAAACGGCACACACCAGCUCGAGACGCUGCUCAACGCCUCCAUCGACAAGAACUUUGACAUCUUUGAGCUCUACGUCAUGCAGAACAUCAUCACCGUCCGGCCGCAAGACCAGCCGUACAUGCGCCUCUCGCACUACCGCGGCCUCGAAUUCCCCGACGACGGCGACGGCGCUCCCGGCCACCCCCAGCAGCAGGCCGACGACAGGCCGUCCCCCGAAUCCAUCACCGCCCUCCGCAGACGGCUCCAAGCGAGCCAGAAACUCAACGCCGUCCUAGAAGCCGAACACGCCCGCAACGAAGCCCUCCUGCGAAACCUGCGAUCCCUCCUCGGCAUCGCCUCCCCCUCCGAACACGCAGCCACCACAAAGACGGAAGAAGGAGAAGAAGGGCACGAAGCAGCAGCAGCAGCAGCAGUGCCCUCCUCGGCCUCAAAUGGCGCGGCGUCAACGCUCAGCCCGUUCACCUUCUUGCGCGAUAAGGGCGGGCUUGAAGAGAGCGGCGGCGAGCAGCCCAUCACUACGACGACCGAGUUUGCGCUUUCGCAGCUGCAGGCGCUGCGCGCGCUGUCCGGAUCGCUGAGGCAGCUGUUGCCCGAACUUGCCAGAUGGAGACGAGAACGCGCAGAGUACGUUGAGUCGUCGACGAGGAAAUACCUCGAGACGGUGGUGGGGCUGGAGCUUGGCCCCGAGGGCGAGGUCCGCGAUGGCGAGUGGCAGGGCGAAGGGCGAGGACUGAGUAAAGGCGAGGUGGAAGGGCUGGAGAAGGUGGCGGCCAUGCUGGGAGGAGGAGAGGGGGGAAGGGGAGGAAAAGAUGCUGAAGCGGGGGGAGAGUCCAUGGAUACGACGUAG